CUGUAGUAGGGUUUAAUGGUGAGUUUCGUCCGCAUUUUCUAUUCCUCUUUUACAGCCGCCAAAAAAAGAUCACCGCUCUAUAUUCUUUUUAAUCGAAAAACCUCUCUACAGAUUAGAACGCGCACUGAAUUAUAGACCGACUCGAUUUUCUUUUUCUGUAAACAUGGAAGCUUCGGGGAUUAGCUCCUCGGAAUUGAGAAUCGAAGCUGCGACUGAGGAGUGUUCGGAUCUUGGAAACGUGUCAUCGGCUUCAGGUUCCACUAGAGUUGACCUGUCUAAGAGAAAGAUUCUAUUCCAUCCGGCAAGGAAGCCCCUUAAUGGGUUUACAGGUUGUGGUGUUGGGGAUUUUAAAAUCGAGACUCUAAACCCUGGGUCGGAUCCGAAGCGGGUAACCGGAGUGCGGUCGGGUCAAGUCGGUGCUACAGGAUUGAAGGUUGAUUCUUCUGAUGUGCUGGAGAAUGGGUUGGAUCCAGUUCUCAGUCUGAGGGCUACUUUUCGUAAAAUUGGUGCUGGUUUGGAGAAUCUCGGAAAUACUUGUUUUCUUAAUUCAGUAUUGCAAUGCCUGACGUACACUGAGCCUUUAGUUGCUUACCUACAAAGUGGCAAGCAUCAAAAUUCCUGCCAUAUUGCUGGGUUUUGUGCCUUAUGUGCUAUUCAGAAACAUGUUAGCCGUGCUCUACAAUCAACCGGGAGAAUAUUGGCGCCAAAUGAUCUGGUCUCAAACCUACGGUGCAUAUCUAGAAACUUCCGAAAUUCUCGACAGGAGGAUGCACAUGAGUACAUGGUAAACCUGCUGGAAUCCAUGCACAAGUGUUGCUUACCUUCAGGAGUACCAAGUGAAUCUCCCAGGGCUUAUGAGAGGAGUUUGGUGCACAAGAUCUUUGGUGGUCGCCUUCGUAGUCAGGUGAAGUGCUGGCAGUGUUCUUAUUGCUCCGAUACAUUUGAUCCCUUCCUUGAUUUAAGUCUGGAAAUAGUUAAGGCGGAUACCUUGCCCAAAGCACUUAAAAACUUCACUGCUGCGGAGCUGUUAGAUGGAGGGGAGAGGCAAUAUCAAUGCCAACGCUGCAAGCAGAAAGUUAAGGCUACGAAACAGCUAACAGUUUACAAUUCACCUCAUGUACUUACAAUUCAUUUAAAGAGAUUUCAAGCACAUAAUUUGGGGCAAAAGAUUGACAGGAAAGUUGAAUUUGGUUCGACCAUAGACAUGAAGCCUUUUGUCAGUGGUUCCAAUGAAGGACAUUUGAAGUACACUCUUUAUGGCGUUCUGGUUCAUCGUGGAUGGAGCACUCAUUCUGGCCACUAUUACUGUUUUGUUCGCACAUCGAGUGGCAUGUGGUACUCCCUUGAUGACAACAGGGUUCUCCAAGUCAGUGAGAGGACUGUUUUGGAGCAGAAGGCUUACAUGUUGUUUUAUGUUCGUGACAGAAAAGAUACUGCUCCAAGAAAUCCUGUUGAUAUUCUUCAGAGAUAUAAGAUAAAAGCAAAUGUUAAUGGAAAGUCCAUUGUUAAUCAAAAUCCCAAGGAGCAUGUGCAAACUGGUCCAAUUCAGAAUAAAUUAUCUGCUUUAGACACUUCUGCUGCUAUGCCUCAAAAGGAAACCAUUAACGGUGCCUUAUCAAAGGAGACAAUCAAGAAGGAAGUGUCAUCUAAGCAAAACACCGUGCAACUAAUGAAAGAAGGGCUAGUUAUUAAAAAGGAGUCUAUUUUACCCUCUUCCAAUGUGCCAUUAUUGAAGGUCUCAUCACAAGCGUCUGCUUCAAACCUAAUUCAUGGUGAAAACUUGCAACCGUCAGCAGGUUCUGUGGUUGGCAAUUUUGUGAGUUCUAAUAUUGAAAAUUCAACUGUUACCACCGGUGCCAAAGAUGGUGACUGCAAAGAGAGUGGAAACUGCAAAAGGGAAUUUGGAGUCGGAGUGAUGAUAUCACCGAAUUGUGGUGGUGUUCAGAAGUCGAGCACUGAUAAGAUGGCAAAUAAAGAGACCUUGCAGGAGAUUAAUCUUGCUUCAAACAUUGGGGUUUUGAAUAUCGUUGCGUCAGAAGAUUCUAUCGAUAAAGCAGUGAAGAAAGCUCCUGGUGGAGCUCCAUCUACUACUGAUGAGGCAUCUAAGGAUGUUAACGCCAUUAGAUCUCCAAAAAGGCGACAUUGUGAGAGUAAUAAGAUCGGAGAUGUUUCCUACCACAAUAGCAACGAGUCAUUGAGUGAGAAGGGUGAUGAUAAUUGCCAAAAGAUAGUUACCAAAUCACCUUCUAGCAUGCCAUAUGGAUCUUUGGAGACUGAAGCUCCUCAGUUUGCACCCUGUAGAAGAUCAAAGAAGCAUCUGAAGCGUCAGCUUAAAGACAUGUCUUUCGGCUUAAAAUCAAAAUUUUUCUUGGCUUCUCUACUCAUGCACAGCAAGAAGAAACGUAAAAGGAACAAGGAAAGCACAUUAAAUGAGAAUAUUCUUUAUAAAGGAACUUCAUUGGAUAAGGAUUGUUAUUCUUCAAAUCUGGAGCCAUCUACAUCUGAGAAAUCUAGCACAAUAAUGUUAGGUUCGAUUCAUGGGAGGAAAAAGGCAACGGAUGAUGGUAUCCCAAAAAGUGGCAACAAUCUUGGCAUUUCCUUAUUGAAUACUGUAGAUGGAGCAUUUAAAGAGAGGAUUUAUGAGAAUGGUACCGUUCUUUCUACUGAUCAACAUAUAGGCAGAAGUCCUGGCCCAGUCUCAGAAGCAAUCUGGCAUAACUCACGAGAAACUGAUUCUUUGAAGCAUAACAACGCCCCUCAGCAUAGACAUGUGCUUUCGCAAGGCCUCAGGGAGACUGUUGUUCCAAAAUGGGAUGAUACAGGCUCUGACACACCCAUGCAGACAGUAGAACGAAAUGGUAUGAGUAGUCUCGGAAUUGGAUAUGUUCCGGAUGAAUGGGAUGAAGAAUAUGACCGAGGUAAGAGGAAGAAAAUAAGGCAAAAUAAGCACCAGUUUGGUGGUCCCAAUCUUUUCCAACAAAUUGCCACCAGGAAAACACAGUUAAAGAAGGCCAAAUUGGACCACUCCGACUCUGGAAACCAACCAUUCAGGAUAUGAAGUAAUAACUGGAACCGUUUUUGACCUGUCUGUUUGAUGUUCUAUUUCAUUAAAUCAUGUAACAGUGAUUGUUGCUGUCUUGUUGACACGAGCAAAAUUGUAUUAUGUAGAUCUUGAGUGUUUAGGCUGGACAACUAUGAACAUUCA